CGGCAGCAGCGCACCCCCGUCGCCGCCCUUCCCUCCACCGCCACCAGCCUUUCCGGAGCUCGCGGCCUGUGCGUCGCCAGUGCCCUCGGAGCCCAUGAGCGCGCUGGCCUCCCGCGCCACCGCCAUGCAGUCGUCCGGCUCCUUCAACUACGCGCGCCCCAAGCAGUUCAUCGCGGCGCAAAACCUGGGUCCCGCAUCGGGGCUGCCCACGCCCACCUCCAGCCCCAGCUCCUCCAGCCUGCCAUCGCCGCUGUCCCCCACGCCCAGGCCCUUCGGCCGCGCGCCCGGGCCGCCCUUCGUGGAACCCGAAGCCAUGUGGGGCCCGUCCUCGCCUUCGCCACCACCGCCGCCACCGCCGGUCUUCAGCCCCUCCGCCGCCUACCCUGUGCCCGACGUGUUCCCGCUGCCACCGCCGCCGCCACCGCUGCCCAGCUCCACCUCGCACUGUGCCUCGCCCGCCCGCUUCGGCCCCGGCCAGACGCCCGCAGCCUUCCUCAGCGCCCUGCUGCCCUCUCAGCCACCGCCCGUCGCUGUCAACGCUCUGGGGCUGCCCAAAGGAGUCACCCCCGCGGGAUUUCCAAAGAAGGCCAGCAGAACUGCUAGAAUAGCCUCCGAUGAGGAGAUUCAAGGCACAAAGGAUGCUGUCAUUCAAGACCUGGAACGGAAACUUCGCUUCAAGGAGGACCUUCUGAACAAUGGCCAACCGAGGCUAACCUAUGAGGAAAGAAUGGCUCGCCGCCUGCUCGGGGCCGACAGCGCAAACGUCUUCAACAUCCAGGAGCCAGAAGAAGCAGCAGCCAAUCAGGAAUACAAAGUCUCCAGCUGUGAGCAGAGGCUGAUCAGUGAGAUUGAGUACAGGCUGGAGCGCUCCCCUGUGGACGAGUCGGGAGAUGAGGUGCAGGACGCCGACGUGCCUGUGGAAAACGCAGCCGCUCCCUUCUUUGAGAUGAAACUGAAGCAUUACAAGAUCUUUGAGGGAAUGCCGGUGACGUUCACGUGUCGAGUGGCUGGGAAUCCACAGCCAAAGAUCUAUUGGUUUAAAGAUGGGAAGCAAAUUUCUCCGAAGAGCGAUCACUACACCAUUCAGAGAGACCUCGAUGGGACUUGCUCUCUCCACACCACAGCCUCCACCCUAGAUGAUGAUGGGAACUACACCAUCAUGGCUGCCAACCCUCAGGGUCGGGUCAGCUGUACAGGACGGCUAAUGGUACAGGCUGUCAACCAAAGAGGCCGCAGCCCUCGCUCUCCCUCGGGCCAUCCUCAUGCCAGAAGGCCUCGCUCUCGAUCAAGGGACAGUGGAGAUGAAAACGAACCCAUUCAGGAGCGAUUCUUCAGACCUCACUUCCUGCAGGCUCCUGGAGACCUGACCGUUCAGGAGGGCAAGCUGUGCAGGAUGGACUGCAAGGUCAGUGGGUUACCAACCCCAGAUCUCAGCUGGCAACUAGAUGGAAAGCCCAUACGCCCCGACAGUGCUCACAAGAUGCUGGUCCGAGAGAAUGGGGUCCACUCCCUCAUCAUAGAGCCAGUCACGUCCCGGGACGCGGGCAUCUACACAUGCAUUGCCACCAACAGAGCAGGACAGAACUCAUUUAACCUGGAGCUUGUGGUUGCUGCUAAAGAAGCACACAAGGCCCCUGUGUUUGUUGAGAAGCUGCAGAACACGGGGGUGGCAGAUGGGUACCCCGUGCGGCUGGAAUGCCGUGUUUCGGGAGUGCCACCCCCUCAGAUAUUUUGGAAGAAAGAAAAUGAAUCGCUCACUCACAGCACUGAGAGAGUAAGCAUGCACCAGGAUAAUCAUGGCUACAUCUGCCUGCUCAUUCAGGGAGCCACAAAGGACGACGCUGGGUGGUAUACGGUGUCAGCCAAGAACGAAGCCGGCAUUGUGUCCUGUACCGCCAGGCUGGACGUCUACACCCAGUGGCACCAGCAGCCACAGACCACCAAGCCAAAGAAAGUACGGCCCUCGGCCAGUCGCUACGCAGCACUUUCGGACCAGGGACUAGACAUCAAAGCUGCUUUCCAACCUGAAGCCAGCCCGUCGCACCUGGCACUCAACAGCGGCUUGGUAGAAAGUGAAGACCUGUGAUCGGCGCCCUUGCUGAGCUGAAAACUGAUUGCAUUGCUUCCACCAACCUACUCCUCUGCCACAUUAUGUGAAAGGCAGAAGGAUACUUUCAACUUAAGAAAUUAAAAAAAAAAAAACAAAAACAAAAAAACAAACAAAAAAAAAACACCGAAAUCAUAUUUUUCUUACUUAAUAGAGAGUCUAAGUAGGUGAUGCUUAUAGAAAUAUACACAUUGCACAGAAACUUCACAUUUAUUGUCCAAGUUAAGACUUUUGGAACUGCUGUGAUUAAAAUGAUCUGAAAUGCCAAAAUGCCAAAAGAAACCAACGGUUCAGAGGUAACCACAAUGUAUGUUAUCUAAGUGCCUUUAAAUAAAUACAAGCGACAGGGGCUAGAGCAUGGCAGUGUGAGUGUGUGACAGGUACAGUGACUUUGAAGCGCAGUGUCUACAGAUGGCCCCAGUGAACCACGUGCAAUACGGAGGGAUGAGAAAGAGGAGGGCAGAGACAUCCGAGGGAAUGCCUUGUCUUUGCAAACUGCUUGUGUGACAUCGGAAAGAAGGAAUUCCUUGCCUUAAAUUCCGUUCACAUCCGGAGUUUUCCUUGUAUGUUAUCUUACUAGGAAGCUUACUUACAAUCUGUGUUGAAUAAAAGAUUACCUUAAACUUAAAGGGUUCUGGAGGAAGCAGACAUAUCUUACAGUCCAUUCCACAGGAGGCAUCCAAACCAUGACCAAGGCACAUAUAUAGCAUUUGGAGGAGGCAGGUUUAGAAGGCACAGGAAGAAGAAGGAAGAAGGAAGAAAUUGCUACCCACAUGGGGAUCUCAUAGCCAUUUAGAUGAAAGCAUCAGCACCAGGCCAGGCUCUUCUUUGGUUUUCCUCUAAACCUUGAAAACAUGGGUGCAGAAAACACUGCCGUUAACCAGUCAAGGACUCUAGGGGGUGGGGGGGUACACCGGGAAGCCUGGUGCGCAUGCGUGGUAGAGACUUCCGUGUAGUUGAAGUGUGUCGUAGUUGAUGAUGUUAGUGUGUAGAGCAAGUUGAACGCGGGGGAGGUAGCAGGGGUGGCAUAUGAGAAAUAGCUGGAAGGGUCUAGUCUGCCUGAGGGAAAAGGAGACUUGAGAGACAAAUCCAAGAGUGUGCGACAGUGGGCUUCUUUUCCAUUGGCACUAGAGGUAGGUGCUGAGCGGAAGUUCCUAGUUCCCGUCACCCCUGGCUCCGUGGAGCCUGAGGAGAGUCCCAGGCUCUGAGCACCUGGAAGGCCAGCUGCAAAGCCUGCGUUUUGAAUGCACGAUUCUGCAUCAGCUAAACUGAGGUGAUUCUGACCAGACUUGAUGACUUUAAGUCGGAACCAAUUUUUUUUCUUUUUAAAGUGAGAGAAAGUAAUUUGGCCUGAUAGUAUAAAACAUAAGGCUUUAAAGGUACUUUGCUAUGAAAAGAAAACACUGUUCCUCAUGCAAAACAUAUCUGUUGUUCAUUAUUUAUAAAGGUGUUGAACUUUCUUAGCUCAGUGACUCAAUUCAUACAUAGUACUUCUUAAAACAAUUUUCUAUCUGUAACCACCCCAUAUAUUUUGUAUUACUGCUUCACGUGUACAGCUUCCUACUUCUGUAAGAACACCAACCAAACAAGUUUUAGCAGGCUUGAACACUGGGUGGCACAUGUUCUGUGCAGUGUGGCUCAAGUCUCUUUGACUGCAUACACAUUGCUAAUGGAGGAUUUAAUGUACCCUGCAGGGUCUCAUGGACCUGUCUAUCUCUGUUGUAGAACAGUGGCCUAUAUCAUAUCAUAAUUGCCAAAUUUUUUCUGAAUGUGACUUUUUUUUUCCUAAUUUGCUGGGCUUGGGAUUAACUUGCAUUCUUUUGCCACCUUUUAUGUUGUAUUUAUGAAAACAAAAAAAAAACAAAAACAAACAAAAAAAGUAGUACCAUUCUUUGGAUUGUUGUGCUGUUGUAAUGUGGACUUAACAUCAAUAAAUAAAUAUUUAACAGACGGCA